UACCGUAGUCUCGUCUCUCUCUUCUCUCUCUCUUUUCUCUCGUCUGAGAAAUAUGGUGUUGCCUUCUUGCACAGUCUGAAAGCACAAGCUACCUUUCAGGACAAGUGAUUGUUAUUAUCUAAGGUGCUCAUCUUUGAAAGGCCAUGACUGUACUUCCCCUUUCCUUCUCCAUUUCAGUCGAGGUUUGUUGCAGCGAAAUACAGUCUGUGUUUAGCUGUUUACAAUCAUGGAUUUUGCUGAGGUGAACGUAGCUUAAUCAAAGGAGCGGGUUGAUGUGUUUUCAAGGCUCUUCGCAAGGAAAGAAGGCCGCAGGUGUUGCAUCCCUAUGAUAGCGCGGGCUGCUCGUCUCUUCUCGGUCAUUGUCACCCCUCACCCGCAACCUCCCGCUGCAGCACUUCUGUGGCGUGCUAGCAGCUCCAUGGAACCCCCGAAAACAACCAUUCAGGAUCCUGACAUUACCGUCGCCAAACCAGCAGUGGCUGAGAUGCAGGAGGAGUCUCCUCCGAUUGGGCUCAUGCCUGGAGAGACAGUGGUGAGGGAGGGGAAAGCAGCAAUCUUGUUCCCAAAUGCCAACAAAGUUUUUUACAACCCAGUCCAGGAGUUUAAUCGAGAUUUAACGUGUGCGGUGAUCACAGAAUUCUCCAGAGAAGUGCUGGCUCAACGCGGAGUGAAGGUUCUGGUGCCCGGUGAGAAGGAGCGAGUGGUGGUAUCACUGUCAGAUGACCCCAACGAGGCUGACAUGCAGGACAGAAAGACUGACAUUGAGGAAGCGGCGGUUGUCACGGCAACGGCAGGCCAGAAAUGCGAGGGCGGCCUUCGGGUGCUUGAGGGUUUGGCGGCAUCCGGUCUGCGGUCGGUGCGUUUCGCACUGGAAGUGCCGGGCCUUCGGAGCGUCACCGCCAACGACUUCUCCCACAAAGCCGCUGCUCUCAUCGCGAGGAAUGCCGAGUACAACAAGGUGGCCGACCUUCUACAAGCCAGCUGCAAGGACGCCAGCAUGCUUAUGUAUGAGAUGCGAGGGAAGAACGAUCGCUAUGAUGUCAUCGAUCUUGAUCCGUAUGGCAGCCCGUCUUCAUUUCUGGAUGCCGCAGUGCAGUCUGUCAGUGAGGGAGGCCUCUUAUGCAUCACUUGCACAGACAUGGCGGUGUUAGCGGGGAACAGUGGUGAAACAUGCUACAGCAAAUAUGGCGCUGUUUCCAUCAAGGCCAAGUACUGUCACGAGCAGGCUCUGCGCAUCAUCCUCCACAGUUUGGACCAGCGGGCCAACGUGUACCAACGAUAUAUUCACCCGCUGCUGUCUGUCAGCGUGGACUUCUACAUUCGGGUGUUUGUGCGUGUCUUCACAGGACAGGCCACUGUGAAGAACUCAGCCAGCAAACAAGCUCUGGUUUACAACUGCAUUGGCUGCGGGUCGUUCCACUUGCAGAGGAUGGGUAGGAGGACCAACAACGGGAAACAUACAAAGUACUCUGCAGCCACUGGACCACCGGUGGGAUCAGCAUGCGAGCACUGUGGACAGAGACAUCAGCUAGGCGGUCCAAUCUGGGCAGAACCCAUCCAUGACCAAAGCUUCGUCCAGAAGGUUCUGACCGCCGUUUCUGGCAACCCAUCCCGCUUUGCGACAUCUAAGCGUAUUGAGGGGAUACUGAGCAUGGUGACUGAGGAGCUGGAGGACACGCCCCUUUACUACACAGUUGACAGUCUGAGCAGUACUAUCCAUUGCAAUACACCACCUCUGCUACAGUUCAGGUCAGCUCUGCUGCAUGCCGGUCACAGAGUUUCCCUUUCGCACGCCUGCAAAAACGGCAUCAAGACGGACGCGCCGCCCGCCACCAUCUGGGACAUCAUGCGUUGCUGGGAGAAGACCAACCCAGUGAAACGGGAGAAACUGUCAGAGAUGAUGCCCGCCUUCAAGAUCCUGUCCACCGAGCCCAGCUUUGAAGCUUGUUUCACCGUCCGUGACGACGCCAACCCUCAGUCCCGUCAGCGCCACCUGACCCGCUUCCAGGAGAACCCGCAGGCCUUUUGGGGACCUAAAGCCAGAGCAAAAGCUGGUGGUGGUAUUGACAACAACCUGCAGCAGAAGCGCAUGAAGAACCAGAAUAAGCGCAAGAACCAGGUCACAGACUCGACUCAGCACAAGAGCCUACCCUGCAAAAAGUUCAAAGAGGGCACCUGCACACAUGGUGAUGAAUGUUCGUACUCGCACGUACCCGAGUGCACCAUUGAGAAGAAAACGGAAUGACUUGGACUUUUUUUUUUUUUUUUUAGUUAUUGUAAGCGGGCUGGAAAGUUGGCUGAAUUUUCAAAAUCAAUUUUUAAGUUAUUUUUUGGGGGGCCCAAUAAAUAAUAAUAAUUAUAAAUAAUAA